AUCCCAGUGCCUCCGCUCAUUACCAUGAGCUCUGUAUUAUCAGACGAUCCUAAUACAAAUUGGAACCCGUCGGCAAUUCCGACCACGCCCGCAAUUCCCGUCGAAUCGACGCCCAGAACGUACGAGUUGUCCGACAAUUCUCCCGUGUACGAUUUCACCUCCAAUAUCGCCUCGACCUUUGAGUUCCCGUCGCACCUCCAGUCCUCCUAUUCACAGAUCCCAGAGGACGGGCUACGACUUUGCGACCAGAUUGAUCGUGUCUACGCUGAGUUUGGCGCCUAUGAUGAGAUUCCUGACGCUUUGGCGUACGACCUCGGCUUCCCACUAGUUUUUAGAGCAUACCUUGCGCUUCUAAGGGAGCACAAACGUGAUUUCGAAACAGACCACUACUUCCAGGCGAUUCGACACGUUAUCGCGGACAUUAUCGAAACCGGCGUGAGCAUGGCCGCAUGGGUCCGCUUAACCGCGUACUCGGGACUAUUGACGAACCCAGAGCCCAGCCCGACCACAACGCUUCUAAUGAGAGAGGCCAUUUUCCGCUUCAGCUCCGAGUCUGCGUUCCUUACAAGCUCCUUUGAGCGUUGGAACCGCCGCCGCAAGGACGUUGCACGGCUAGACGACUUGUGUCGCAUCCACAUCCACCAGAACACUAGAAGGGUCUUCAAGCUUUGGUUUCACCGGACGUUGAAAGUUCACGCACUUAAAAAACAGGCGGCGCUGCUUAACCAUACGUACACCACGUUCCGCUACUGGCAGUGCUGGCGUACACGCGCAGGGGAGCGCGUAACCCGCGAGGCGCGCGCAACGCAAUUUAUCGCACACAAGGCCUUCUACGCAUGGAAGCACCGUGCGGACGCUAUCCACGCCCUGGAAACCAAAGCCACAGAGCACAGAGACACGCAGUUGAAGAAGAAGGCCACGGAGUUGCUUAAGCUUCCAUUGCAAAGUGGUCCUCUCAGAAACAUCCACGACCGAAUCCUGAUGACGGUAUUUCUCGACCUCUGGGAGGAUCGGUUGCGGCGGGUAGCCCAGGCGAACCUUCAGGCUGGAAAGAUCUAUGCCACAGCGUCGGUAGCGCAGCUGAUGGCUAAGUGGGAGGCCAGAACCGGCCACACGCUCGCAGUGCUACAGGAACUACACGUGCGUGAGCGGAGCUUUGUGCUUCAGCGGUAUAUGGGGGUGUGGAAGAUUCAACACCGACUUCUUUCGACCGAAGCGUGCGCGACCGCCAACACCGACACGAUUCUUCUUGCGUGGAUGUUUCGUCGCUGGCAGAAGCGCUGCACCGAGCGCACUUUGCUCCAGGACGCACAGGAUGACAGAGAUGCUAGGACCAUGGCCAGUUGUCUUGGCACGUGGCGAAAGGCUGCGGUGAUGGAGGCGGCGGCUAGGAAACUUCGUGCAAAGAGACUCCUUAGCGGUGCGUUUGCGUGCUGGCGGUUACAAAGCCGUGCGUUUGAGCUAGAGAUCACCCAGGGCAGCGCCUUACUCGAAAACACUUUCCGUAACUGGAAAUUGGCCACGGUGGCCCUGCUUCACGAGCAGAGUAGAGAGUACAAUCUUUCAAAAAGGUAUAUCCGUCUCUGGGCAGAGAAAGUGCAACGGAUCGCGGCCUUAGACGACUCUAUUGACGCUCGGUUUGACCUGAUAUCCACUGUGCGUGCGUGUUUUAGCACCUGGAAGCGGGGCUUGAGGACCAUCCGCGCGAUGCGAGCGGAGGUGGACGAUAUACUCUGCGCCAAGGUUUUCCAGAUGCUUAGGUAUCGAAUUCAGUUGAACCGGCAAAACGCAGAGCAAGCGGAAACGUUUCACCGACAGAGUGUGGUGGCGAAGAAAAUCGCGUUCCGGAGGUGGAACGAGGCAUACACAGACCGGUACGAAUUGCGUGCGCAGGGGCUCGUAGCGCAGUUUCACGCGCGGAUGCGUGUGAGAAGUGUUGCUGAACACUUUGAAAUCUGGCGAGAACGUGUGGCAGAGCAACGCGUCCUAGAAGAGCGUUGCCUCCACUUUGCGGCAGCAAGAACCAUCCCCCCAGCGUGGGAUGCCUGGAUGGAUCGCCUCCAGGCCAAUAUCGAUUUCCGGGAGACGGCUGCCCAGGCGUACACCCAAUCCUUGCUUCGCCGGUCGCUCACGGCGUUUCGUGAGCAGUACUCUAGACUUCAGAGGCUUGCAGCCCGGGAGCUCGAUUUUGAGGCCGAGCGAGACGUUAGACUCAUGCAGCAAUACUCGGAUAUCUGGUCCGUCAACGUGCUCAGGGCCAGGCGGAACGAGGAAAGUGCCAAGUUCUUCCGUCAGCGGUGGGAGCAGGCAAAGUUGCGCAUGUUUAUAAAGAUCUGGCGGGAUAACUUGCGGGUAAAGAUGGAGGGAGGCCCGGACGAGUCUUUUAGCGUCAGCGACGUUUCCCCGUUAGCCAGCAAGCGACGGACAUCGAAAAUGCUCGAGUACAAUCGCAGGCCCCUGGAGCAACCACUUUUUGGCGGCAACGAGACCCCAAGUACCAACCUAUCUCCGUCAAAGUUGGCCGAAACCACCGAGAGAAUCAAACGUGAGCGUAUGAAUGCGUUGAAACAGCGGUAUAGCAGGGCCAGAGAUGCUGUCUCCCCUGAAAAGGCCCCUGGCACGCUCGAGCAGCCUUUGAGAAAUCUCUUCUCGGCUGUACCGUCAACGGAUAACCGGAUCCCCCCACUCAACGUGAGUCUUUCGCCGAGGCGGCGUGGGCGGACGACCUGGAGUCCGCUUCUGUUUCCGGCCACCGGAGAUAGGUCAGUUGAGACGGUUAAUUUCAACGGGAGUUCGUCUCCGCAGAGGGUUGCACUGUCCAGAAUAUCAAAACAGGAUAAUUCCCUCCCUUUCAACAUUCCCCCGCCAGUGUACCAAAACGAGGAACCAUGGGAGUCGGCGACGGUGGAGACAGCCAAGAAGCUCAACCGAAUCACACCGAUUUUCAUUCCCACCAACGGCAUAGGCUUGCCCAAGAUCAGCCCAGCGCCGAUCAUCCAACAACGGUCCAACAGUUACAUCGAGCGGGCCAUCAGGCCCGAGUCACGGACCACCAUCACUGAUCUUAGUAUGUCAGAGUUUCCAGAGUAAGUACGCAAAGUAAACUUGAGCUACUAAGGGAAUGGCCUUGUGAAGGGUAUAGGUCUCACUUAUGUAUGAUUCUCUACAGGAUAGAGCAUACAUCGAGCUUAGCAUAUAUUGUAUUGGCCUAAACAGGUCUUUAGUUAUAUCAUUUUAUAGCAAUUGAUAUUGAUCUAGUG